UUUGUCCGGGAAAUUGCAUUUGUCUGAGGUUAAAAGAUUCGAUUUUCAUAGGCUGACCUUCUUGAGCUUCUCGUCGGCGGCUACCUUCCACCCAUCUGUUGGGAGAUCUAUCUGCGCCGGUGAACAUGUGUAUAGCUUUAAGGUAUGCCUUCCCUAAAUAUGUUCACUUUCUUCCAUCUCUUAUCCUUCUCUCAUUCCCUUAUUCUCUCAAUCUUAAGUCCCAACCUUAUUCCCAAACCCCAUUUGCAAGUAACGUCGACGACGCCGUUGCUUCAUUCAAUCGGUUGAUAUGUAUGCGUCCCCCAACUUCCCUAUUCCAGAUUACUAAGAUUUUAGGAUCACUUGCAAAGAGUAAACAUUAUCGAACUGUUAUUUCACUUUCUGCACAAGCCGAGCUCAAUGGAUUCACGCAUGAUUUUUUUACAUUGAGCAUAUUGAUCAAUUGUUACUGCCAGGUGGGUCAGUUGUAUUCUGCUUUCUCAGUGUUGGGAAGGAUUCUCAAGAUGGGUUUUCAACCGAAUAUCAUAAACUUGACUACACUGAUUAAAGGACUCUGCAUUGGUAAGAAGGUUGGGGAAGCAGUAGACUUUCAGGAGGAGUUAUUGGCCAAAGGAUUUCAGUUAAAUGAAGUCAGUUAUGGAACCUUAAUCCAUGGGUUAUGUAAAGCAAAGAGACUAAGAUCUGCCAUUGAAUUGCUCGAAAAGAUGAAGGGGCUUGGAAUUAAGCCUAAUGUAGUAAUGUAUAACACAAUCAUUGAUGGUUUUUGUAAGGAAGGGCAAACAUGUGAGGCACGUGAUUUGUGUUCUAAAAUGACUGGUUGUGGAAUUUUACCAAAUAAUAUUACUUACAACUCACUUGCCCAUGGUUUCUAUAGUAUGGGCCAAUGGCGAGAAGCUACUCAAUUGCUCCUUGAAAUGGUAUUGAAAGACAUCAAACCCGAUGUUUAUACCUUUAGUAUAUUGGUUGAUGCAUUUGGUAAGGAGAGAAGGAUCACAGAAGCUCAAGCAUUGUUUGCUAGGGUGAUGAAGUGUGGUGAGAGGCCUAAUGUUGUAACUUAUGGUGCUUUGAUGGAGGGGUAUUGUUUGAUGAAUAAUGUCAACGAGUCAAAGAAAGUAUUCAACAAAAUGAUCCAAAGUGGCUUGACACCUACUGUUGUGAGUUAUAGUAUUUUGAUUAAUGGACUCUGCAAGGCUAGUAUGGUGGAUGAAGCUUUGGAUCUCUUUAAAGAAAUGCAUCAGAAAAACUUGGUCCCCAAUGUUGUAACUUAUAAUACCCUUAUUGAUGGCUUAUGCAAAUCAGGAAGAAUGUCAUGUGUGCAAGAUCUUGUACAUGAGAUGUAUGCCAGUGGUCAAACCCCUAAUAUAAUCACAUAUAAUACCUUGUUGGAUGCAUUUUGCAAAAGCCAAAAUCUCGACAUGGGGAUUCUAUUAAUUAAGCAAACUAUUGACCAAGGUAUUUGGCCUUGCAAGUACACAUAUAGUAUACUUGUUGAUGGUUUGUGCAAAGGUGGUAGACUAGAUACUGCACGAGAGAUUUUUCAAUGCCUUUUGAUCAAAGGCCAUCAUCUAGAUGUUUGUGCAUUUAACAUUAUGAUCAACGGCCUUUGUAGAGAAGGGUUGCUUGAUGAAGGUAUGACCUUGCUUCAAAAAAUGAAAGAGAAUGGCUGCCUCCCUGAUUUAAUAACAUAUAGAACACUUGUUCGAGCCUUUUUGGAAAAAAGUGAGAAUGAUAUGGUGGAGAAGCUUCUUCUUGAAAUGAUUGAUAGUGGUCUUCUAAAGCAAUAAAACUAGGUCAAACACUACUUGUGUAUAUAUUGUACUCAUUGAAAUUUGUCUCUAAUGGCGAGCAAAUGCUUGCUUCUUUCCGACCCAAAUUGUUAGAUUAUUUAAUGGGCAGAAAGGAGUUGAAGAAAUUUUGUUGAAGUUAUAGGUUAAAUAUAUUUGUUGACUUCGUGUAUAUGUUACCCUUGAUUAUUGUUAUUAUUAUUAUUAUUUGGUCUUAACAUGAACUUUUUUCCUUCUUCCUUCAUGUUUCAUUUCUAAUUAUUUAUUAUCUUUAAGGCAUCACAGUUGUUGCUCAUGAAUUAGCAUUUUUGCUUUUAAAUUUUAGCUGAAAUAAAGUUUUCUUGAAUUAAAUAAUCUAAAAUGAUAAUGACUUGCAGAAUAUUAUGGACCACAUGAAAGUUCUUUUAUUUGUUUUCCAGCUAAUAAGACAAUGCCUGAAUAAGCAUAAUUAAAGGUGUAAGAGUGUGCAUUCCAAAUGCUUGUUUCUUUUAGCUUACUACAUAGUUUUUCUUUGGGUCUUCAUUCAAAUGUCCUUUAGGUUAACUAUCAUGAGUCUGAAAUGCUUGAGCCCUUGAGUCUCCAAUGUUAUUGCUUGUACCUUUCUUAUUUUUAUAAUCAACCACAGGAGGCUUAUCAACUUGGGAAUGUGAGUGUCAAUACCAUAAUUUAGUUCUUUGAUGCAAUUUAAAAUGUGCGCAGUGGCUUGAUCAGAAUUUUUGCCUAAUUAUUGGCAGAUAUCAUGUUGUAUUAUUUUAUGGUCUUCUAUAUAUGCACUGCGUAAAAUUUUCUGCCAUUGAUGAAUUUCAGAGUUCCUUGGCAUACUAACUAUUGAAAAACUGGUUUUAGCACAUAACUGUUUUCAUGAGCAUGCCAAUGGAAACGUGUUAUAAAAGUCACCUGCCAACCUUAUUAGACAAGCUAUUUUGCAAAAUGUUUCUGACAAAUAUCAUAAGUGAAUGUAUCAGAGGGAUGACUGCUAUCCUUGUUGCAUAAACAAGAUCUUGAAUAGAUGAGAUUCUACAUUAAAAUUAGAAAAAUGUUGACGCGGAUUUAUAUGUCUGUUUUUUUUUUAGUACAUAACUAUUUUUACAAGAUUUUAACUUUACUUGCUUUGGUUUUUAAGGGAUAAAAUUUUAAAUUCAUUCGACUUCAAUAUGAAACUUAUCCCUCACCUUCCAAUCACGUGUGGGAAAGAAUUGGGGGGAAAAAGUUGGGGGGAGAAAGAAACAAAAAGAAUUCACAAGUUCAAACACAUCACUGCUAGGUGUUCUUUUUACCCUUUAUUAUACAUUCAAGUAAGGGAUCAAGUUAUUUCUUUUAUUAUCAUAGCAACUUACAUGCACUCAAAGUGAUGAAGAUGGCAUUGUUGUAUAUUCAUAAUCUUUUAUCAUUUUUUGAUGGAAUUCAUGCAACAAUUCUUAAGUUUAUGAAACGAGCAUGUAUCAUCAUGAUUAUUAUUUAUUUUGACAAGCAGUGCAAGGUAACUGCAGGAUUCUUUUAGAGAAAACCAUAAUUGUGGCAGAAGGCAAGACACUGGCGAAGGGUGUUUUCUGAUGUUAACAAGUCAAUUUCCCUCAUCGGAGCAUAGAGAUAAGUCACUUAAGAAGGUGGUAAUUCUUUGAUAGAGAAGCUAGCCAAGCUUCCGGCUCCAUUUCCACUGCCGUUUUCACUCCUGCUAUCUCUAUCAUUUGCAGUGCUAGGUCUAGUUUGAAAAACCAAAGACAUUCAUGCCAAGUUUUGUACAAUUCGGGUAGAUCGUUUUGUUCUGAUCUCAAAUUUGCUGCACAGAUCUUCUCUUUAUAAAUUGGAGUCUUGCCAGCUAUGAUGAGCUAUGUUACGAUGUCAAUAUUUAAAUGAGAAGUGAAUCUGAGUCAUGCACUAUGAUUCGAGAGAUUAUGAAGUGCAUGCUAGUAUACGUAAUUCAGUGAGCCAGCUAGUUUACUGAACUCGCUGAACCAUAUGCAAACAUAGACUUAGGAAUAGGCCCAAUGCUGCUGUGAUACAUACACCAAGAUUCUUUAUUCUUUCUAAA